ACGUAUUUCCCCUCACGCUCGGUAGCUAACUUCUGCACGUUUAUCUCAUCCGUUUGGAGUUAGUCACCGUACCAGGGAGGAUUAAGCCAGCAGGAUGGAUGAUGUCACAGAGGAAAAUACGACACUGAAGGAAAUGCGUGAAAAAAUAGUGGAGCUGAAUUACAGCUUAAGCCAGCAGAGGGACCUGAAUGCUAAGAUGAGGCAAUGGUUGGAUGCUUCAGAUGAUGAUAUGGCAAUGCUGCGAUCAGAGAACGCCGUCCUCAGGAAACAAGUGUCAGCGAGAAGGAAUCCACCAUGAUGAAGGAACAGAAUAAGAAGCUUACUGCAGAGCUCAAGAGCCUCCAACAGGAGAGAGACCAGGACAAGUUGAGCUUGUUAAAGUCCAAGGCUGCAUUUCAAACCCUCGAGAGAGACUCGCAGUUGAAGCACUCAGAGGAAACAAUAGAAGAGUUCUCUAACGUCAUACAGGCUCUCAGGCUGACCAAUCAGGAGCUGAGAGAGCAGUUGGAGGACAGACUGGAUGAGGCCUCAUUAGCUACUGAGAAAGACCUAAUUGGAGGAAAGGAAGGAUCGCUCAGUCCCCCGCUGUCCUUCGCACUGGAAAUGAAGCUGCUGGCCUCUACAGCUGAAGUGAAAAACAACACGUCAGACUCCGCAGAUCUUACACAAGAGGAAACUGAGGCUGAGGAGCAGCAGAAACCACAAAGUCUCACAGUAGACCUUCAGAUCAAAAGGUGUGCAGGUAUCUUGGAGACAGCCGUCCAGAAAGCAGAAGUAUUUCUGCUUUCCGUCAUCAUUCUCACUGUUUUGGCCUUUUUGGCUUCAGGAAGCUUCACGGGAAACUUUUUUUCCAUCAACAACUUGUGGAGCAGUGCAUACCUGAUGUUACAGCCCUACUGCAGUGUGCAUUACGGGGUGUUGCCUCCUGUUUGA